AUGAGUCCGCCAACAGCGAUGAAGGCAUGGCGGUAUACGUCCGUGGUGGGCGGAAUGGAGAAGAACCUGAAGCUCGAGACCGACGUUCCCUUGCCGCCAGUCGGCAAAAAUGAAGUGCUCGUAGAGGUUCUCAGCGCAGGUCUCAACCCGGCAGACUACAAGAUCCCCGAAAUCCCAUACCUCGGCGCCCUGGCCGUCAGAAGACCGGCGGUUCCGUGCGUCGACUUCUGCGGCCGCCGAGUCACUGGCUCCGGCAGCGGCGACGAGCUCGUGUUCGGCAUGGCCAAGUUCCCCGGGCAGCACGGCGUCCUGGCGCAGUAUGCACCUGUGCCCAAAUCGAGCAUCGUGCCCCUGCCCAAAGGCCUGACGCCGGAGCAGGGAGCCGGGAUCUACAUCGCGGCCUUUACUGCUUUCGCCACGAUCUCGUCGUACGUCAAGCAGGGUGACACGGUCUUCAUCAACGGCGGGUCGGGCGGUGUCGGCACGUUCGGGAUCCAGAUCGCAAAGUUGCUGGGCUGUCGUCGCGUUGUCGCUUCUUGUUCGAGUGCCAACGCGGAUCUGGUCAAGAGCCUGGGUGCCGACGAGGUGGUGGACUACAAGACGCAGGACCUGGUCACGACGCUGGCCAGGGACGGGCUCAAGUACGAUGCCGUGCUCGAUUACGUCGGCCACCCACUGGACCUUCACAGCCAGUCGGUCAAAUUCCUCAAGAAGAAUGGCGUGUUCGUCUUGAUUGCGGGCGAUCCGAGCAAUAUGAAAGCGAACAUGAGCUUGCUUGCCAGUCUGAUAUGGCCCACAUUCUUGGGCGGCACGCCGAGGAAGUUCAAGAUGGUGGCUCUCGGCUCGGUCAAGGAGGAGGACCAGAAGAAGGUCGCCGGGUGGAUUGGCGAGGGCAAGCUGAAGGUCACGCUGGACUCUGUGUUUGAUUUCGAGCAGGCGCCGCAGGCAUUCGAGAAGCUCAAGACCGGGAGAGCCAAGGGCAAGAUUGUGAUCAGUGGCAUAAAUCGAUGA